AAUACCAAAUAGCAGUGGGGCAACCUGUGAACACUCAUAUCCCAUAUAGAAUUAGGCAUGGCGUCUAAACUAGUUAGUCAUAAUGUGAGAGCUGCUGUUGUUGUACUUGUUAUAGCAGCAGCAGCGGCAUUGAUCAUAGAAAGAGCAGAAGCUGAAACACACACUGUAGGCGGCGCUUCUGGCUGGACCAAUACUCUUGCUCCCGAAUUUUAUACUUCCUGGGCUGCCAAUCACACCUUCAAAGUUGGCGACAUUCUAGUGUUCGAAUUCACUACCGGAGGACAUGACGUAGCGAGACUUGGAAAGGAAGCUUUUGAUGCGUGCAACAACACCGAUCUGCUGAGCCUACCUGAAAACCAAGGACCCGCCAAAUACAGCCUCAAUCAAACUGGCGAUUACUAUUUCAUCUGUGCUUUCCCUGGUCACUGUAGCCAGGGUCAAAAGUUAAGCAUCAAAGUCAUAGCCACUGGCCCUUCUGCUCCUGCCCCUGCUCCUCAUUCUGAAGCCCCCACAACUCCUACUGCUCCUGCUCCUAAUUCUGAACCCCCCAAAACUCCUCCUCCUUCUCCUUCUCCUUCUUCUCAAGCCAAGACUCCUUCUCCUUCUCCUUCUUCUCAAGCCGAGACUCCUCCUUCUGAGGCCACAACUCCUUCUUCGUCGCCACCAACUACGGCAGCCACAACAGCACCUCCUCCGUCCUCAGCCUCGUCUCUGGCUUCUGCUAUUUCUACUAUUUUCAUGUCCAUUGCCAUUGCUCUUUUCUACCUCUUAACACAAACACAGAGACUCGUAGGAGAAAUAUUGAAGAAAGAUAUGGUGGCUAAUAGCAUGAAUGUGAGCAAUGUGCUGGUCCUUGUUAUAGCAGCGGCAGUAUUCACGCUACAUGGAACAGAAGCUGCACAAUACACAGUAGGUGACGAGCUCGGUUGGACCAUUCCUCCGGGUGGCGCCGCCACUUACGCUUCAUGGGCUGCCAAGCAUAGUUUGGUAGUUUCUGAUAUUCUAACAUUUAACUUUGCGGUUGGAGAACAAGAUUUGGCUUUAGUAACCAAGGAGGAUUUUGAUGCGUGCAACACAUCCGACCCGUUGUUUGUGUUCCAAGAUCCAGGAGACUUUAUAUUUGAAAGUGAGGGCAUGUAUUAUUUGACCUGCACCUUCGCCGGCCAUUGCGCCAAAGGCCAAAAGAUUGCCCUCUACUUCGCUCCCUCAGGCGGAUCUCCAUCUCCAAGUCCCGCUGCAAGUCAAAGCCAAAGCCAAAGCCAAAGUGCUGGUGAUGCUGCCACGGUCAAAUUUGUGUCCAAGAAAGAGUAUGGCUUCAAGAAAUUAUUGCCUGUAACGAUGAAGUCCCUCUAAAUAUUCCUUGCUCGCUAUAUAUAGCUUGCAAAGAAGAAUACUAGUAUAUUGUCAUCUUAUGAAUAACUAGAGGCACUUUGUGCUUAGUAUGUGGUGUGAUCCAUAUAU